UAGAAAUUCGGAGACUCACUUUUUGUGAGAAUGAUUUCAUAAUUGUUGAAAAUGGACCUUGUUCUCCAUUUCUACGUUCAUCUGUUGCGAUCUUGCAACAGUAGCCGUUCGAUCAAGCAAGGCAAGCAGCUCCAUGUUCAUCUGCUCAAAAUGGGUCUAUUGAAUUCUGUGACAUUCAUCGGUAACUACCUACUGCAGUUGUAUACGAGGUGGGGUGACUUGACUGAUGCGCGGUUGUUGUUCGAUGAAAUGCCUCAAAGAAACUGUUUUUCAUGGAAUACUAUGAUAGAGGCCUACCUGAAAUCUGGAAACAAGGAAGAUUCACUUGGGUUAUUUAAUUCCAUGCCCCACAAGAAUGAUUUCUCAUGGACUGCAGUCAUCUCAAGUCUAGUAAAAUCAGGUGACCUUGAUACAGCUGGAAGACUGUUCAAUGAAAUGCCUGUCAAAAAUGGGGUUGCAUGGAAUUCAAUGAUUCAUGGGUACGUACGCCAUGGAUAUCCAGAACAAGCUCUGAGGCUCUUUAAGGAUUUGUGUUCAGAGCCUGGCGAAACAUCGCAAACUGAUACCUUUGUUCUCGCGACAGUUAUUGGUGCCUGCGCCAAUGUUGCAGCCCUUGAUUGGGGUAAGCAAAUCCAUACUCGCAUUCUCAUCACUGAUGUGGAGUUUGAUUUGGUGCUUGGGAGUUCCCUUGUUAACAUGUAUGGGAAAUGUGGGGAUUUGGAUAGUGCGAGUCGUGCUUUGGAAUUGAUGCCGGAAUCAGAUGACUUCUCUGUAUCAUCAUUGAUCACUGGAUAUGCAAGUUGUGGUAGGUUGGGUGAUGCCAGAAGAAUUUUUGAUAGAAUAAGUAGCCCAUGUGUCGUGGUGUGGAACUCCAUGAUCGCUGGAUAUGUUGCCAAUAAUGAAGUAGGGGAAGCAGUAGAUCUCUUCACUAAGAUGCGAAGAGAUGGAAUUCAAGCAGACACCUCUACUCUCGCCAGUGUUUUAAGUGCUUGCAUUAGCAUGCGCAAUAUUACCAAUGGUAAGCAAAUGCAUGUUCAUUGUUACAAAGUUGGGGUUAUUCAUGAUAUUAUCAUUUCUAGUGUUCUUGUUGACAUGUACUCCAAGUGUGGAAGACCAAAUGAUGCUUGCAAAUUCUUUGGCGAGCUGAAAAAUUAUGACACGGUGUUGCUCAAUUCUAUAAUAUCUUUAUACUCCAGUUGUGAAAGAAUCGAAGAUGCAAGAUGGGUCUUUGAGACAAUGCCCGUUAGGAGCUUGAUCUCCUGGAAUUCUAUGAUAGUGGGCUAUAGUCAAAAUGGCUGUGCUGUUGAGGCUCUAAAACUUUUCUGUGAGAUGCAUAGGCUAGAUUUAAGGAUGGACAAGGUUAGCCUGGCCAGUGCAAUUAGUGCUUGUGCUAGCAUUUGUUCUCUGGACUUUGGCAAGCAGAUCUUUGCUCGAGGCACUGUCACCGGCCUUGAGUCUGAUCAGAUCAUCUCCACCUCCCUCAUUGAUCUCUACUGCAAGUGUGGUAACAUUAAAGAUGGAAGAAAACUGUUUGAAGAAAUGACAAAAAUUGAUGCGGUCCCCUGGAACUCAAUGUUGGUUGGUUAUGCUACAAAUGGUUAUGGGAUUGAAGCAUUGAAGUUAUUUGAUGAGAUGAUAUAUGCUGGUGUUCGUCCUAAUGGCAUUACGUUCACAGGUGUAUUGUCUGCCUGUGACCACUGUGGACUAGUUGAGGAGGGAAAGAUAUGGUUUCAUUCAAUGAAAUGGGAGUAUCAAAUUGAGCCAGGGAUUGAGCACUACUCAUGCAUGAUUGACCUGUUUGCCCGUGCAGGCUUCCUUAAGGAAGCAAUGGAUCUCAUUAACCUGAUGCCAUUUGAAGCGGAUGCAAGCAUGUGGUCAUCGGUGUUGAGAGGAUGUAUGUCUCAUGGAGAUGAAGCGCUUGGGAGAAAGGUGGCACAGUAUAUUAUUAUGCUUGAUUAUGUUGAUUCAAGUGCUUAUGUGCAGCUGGCUAGCUUAUAUGCGACUUCUGGGGAUUGGGAGAAAUCUGCACAAGUUAGAAAGACGAUGCAAGAUAGGAGAAUCAGAAAGAAUCCUGGUCGCAGUUGGGUGGAUAGCUGAGCAAGAAAAUUUGAUCAAUGUGUUUGUUCUAUACACCUUGAAGGGUCAUGGUUCAUUCUGGACUCCUAUUUUUUGCUCUAUUUAUGCUAGCAUGGCUCCCCUCCCUCUUCAACUUCCUGGCAUAAGGUCCUGAUUUGGUAAUUUCACAUUA